AUGGACACCAUUGAAUCAGGCAAUCGAAUUACUUUAAAACGUAAACGACCAAAUCCAAUCUUUCAGGACUGGCUGGAAGAAUUGUAUGAAGAAGCCAAACAAAAGAAAAGUAAACUUGAAAACAUGCUUAACACUGCUUUGACGUCCCUCUCUAAAUAUCCGUUACCACUGCAGACAGGUGCAGAAUGUGCUAUUCUUAAUGGUUUCGACAGAAGGUUAUGUUUGUUCUUAGAUAAAAGGCUAGAAGUUUACAACAGUUGCCGAAAUCAAUUGCCUUUAGCGGUUUGCCCAGGAAACAAUCCCGAAAAUUAUGUUAAUUUGCCUUCGACCAGUAAGAAUAGCAUUGGCUUCGUUAAUCCAGAAAAACCUAUAAGUGAAUCUAAAGUUUGUAAUAGUUCCCCAAAUCAAUUGCCUUUAACGGCUUGCUCAGGAAACAAUCGGGAAAAUUAUGUUAAUUUGCCUUCGACCAGUAAGAAUAGCAUUGGCUUCGUUAAUCCAGAAAAACCUAUAAGUGAAUCUAAAGUUUGUAAUAGUUCCCCAAAUGAAUUGCCUUUAUCGGCUUGCUCAGCGAACAAUCCUAAAAAUGAUGCUAACUUGCCUUCGACCAGUAAGAAUAGCAUUGGCUUCAUUAGUCCAGAAAAACAUAAAAGUGAAUCUAAAGUUUGUAAUAGUUCGCCAAAUCAAUUGCCUUUAUCGGCUUGCUCAGGAAACAAUCUGGAAAAUUAUGUUAAUUUGCCAUCAACCAGUAAAAAUAGCAUUGGCUUCAUUAGUCCAGAAAAACCUAAAAGUGAAUCUAAAGUUUGUAAUAAUUCCCUAAAUCAAUUGCCAUUAUCAGCUUGCUCAGAAAACAAUCCCAAAAAUAAUGCUAACUUGCUUUUGACCAGUACAAAAGACAUUAGCUUGCCUAGUCCAGAAAAAACUAAAUCUAAAGUUUAUAAGCCAGCAUAUAGAUCAGGGGGCUAUGCAAUUUUGAUAGCAUUGCUUGAAUAUACCAAAAAUAAUAGAAGAAAACCAAUGAAUAAAGAUACUAUAAUACAGUAUGCUGAGAAAUAUUGUGAUGAUUCAUUUACCAUUCGAAGUCCUGAUUCUUUUUAUACAGCUUGGUCUAACAUGCAAAGAUUAAUAAUAAAAGGGCUGGUAAAAAAAAGUAAGCAUGAAAAUGAGUAUUCUUUGACGGAACAAGGACUUGCAAUAGCAAAUGAUUUGUUGAAAAACUCAAUAGAAAUACCUAGUGCUAAUGAUAUAAUUUUUAAUACAAAGUCUAGUCUAAAUCAAUUGCCAAACAAAGAGCCUAACAACAUCAGAGAACAUGGUAUUGAAUCAGCUAACACUAGUAUUUCUUCAAAUAUACCAGUAACCACAAACCUAAAACAUGUAAAAGGUUUACAAAUGGAUCCCGGAUGUUUUGACAUUAUUUUGCUAAUAGAUAAAAAUGAAACGGGCGGAACAGAUUUUAUACUCACAAAGAAGAACGACCCAACUGUGGUACAGUUUAAAAAAUAUCCCAACUUGCUCCAUGAAUAUCGAAGUCUUAAAGUUGGAGAUUUUACUUGGAUAGCUAGACACAAAAACAAUAAGGAUCAGGAGUUUGUCUUGCCAUAUAUUGUUGAAAGAAAAAGAAUGGAUGACCUAGCAGCAAGUAUUAAGGAUGGAAGGUUUCAUGAGCAGAAAUUCAGGCUUCGACGCUGUGGCAUUGAGAAUGUUAUUUAUAUGGUGGAAUGUUAUGGAUCUAAUAAAAAUGUGGGAUUGCCAAUGCAGUCCCUCAUGCAAGCUUUGGCCAAUACUAGAGUGUUAGAUGGUUUCACUAUUCACAAAACUAAGUCCUUGGCUUACUCUGUACGAUUUUUGGCAAUGCUCACUAAAAGACUGAUUAUUAGGUAUAAGGAUAAAACAUUGAUAGGAACCGAAGCGCCGCCAGAAAAAAAUGUGCUGAUGACAUUUAAUUAUUUUAAUAAGUCGUCAGCAAAAAAUAAGGCAUUAACUGUCACUGAAGCAUUCAUAAAAAUAUUGCUACAGUUAAAAGGAGUUUCUGUAGAGAAAGCUGUUGCUAUAACAAGCCAGUACAAGACACCUCAUUCCCUUAUAAACGCCUAUAAACUUUAUAAUCAGAAGGAAGGUGAACUGUUGCUUGCUAAUUUAAAAUAUGGUGACUUAACUCGGAAUGUAGGUCCAACUGUUAUGGAUAUUGAACUUAUAGAGCCACAAAUGCGACAGAGACUUAUGACUAAAAACUUACCUUGUUAUAUCAAGGAAAAGAGCAUGAUGUUUUUAAUUAUAAAAGAGAUUUUGUGUCUCAAGACGAAGAUGUACCAAAGAAAAGAACCAAAACGGCCAGAUGAUACGACUGCGGAAGAUCUAAAGAUCUAA